AUGCAGAACUUUUAUGCCCAACAACGAUUCCAGGGCCCUCGCCACGACAAUCCCGAUCAAAUGAUGCAAGCCAAACGACGUAUGGCUGCUCAGCGCGAGCGGGAGCUGCGCAAUUACCACCAGGAGCAACAAUACAACCGCAGUGAGCAUCCCUCCACGACCUAUUCCAAAUUGCCUAAUGACUUAUCAACAGGCGUCCUGGCAGACAUGUCCUCUACGAAAUCCGACCGCUCCAUGAGCCCAAGUGGCAUCAGCGAGGAAGGCCGAAGGGAACUGAUUGCUCGUCAGCAGCGCGCCUUGUACGGAAAUGAGGGUAACAUGUUGAACGCUCCAGCUGGCUAUUCAAGCGAAGAAGGUCAGCAGCAGGCCGGCGCUACAUCAAUCGGUGGACCUCGAGGUCCCUCACCUCGAACUAUGGGCGGCUUCGGACCGCCCGGCCAAGGACAGUCUCAGGAGCCCACCGACCAGCCCCUGGGUAGCAAGCCCACUUUUGGUGGCUUUGACCAGGCCAUUUCCUCAGGAGCCGGACCGAACGAGGACGGCGGACAUUCAAGGCAGCUAUCCAAGUCCACAACGGCGCCUGUAGGUGGCGGCAUGGCACCCAUCGGAAGCCGGCCAAAUCCGCCGAACCAGCCGUUGAACAAAAGGACUACAUCGCCAAUGCCAUUUGGAUUUGGCGCAACUGACCAGAACAACGAAAGGUCCAACUCCUCAAACUCGAAUGCUAAUCCGCCCAAGGAAGGAACGGGUAACACUGGGAUGGGAACGUGGGGAACUGGAAGUGGUGUUUGGGGGAACAACAAGAUUGGGACGACAUCGGUCUGGGGUUGA